AUGUUAUCCAUUUUACUUCUGACUCUUCUCACACCGAACCUCUCAUCAUCAGCAAAGAACCAGGCCAGUCCAGUAUACGAAGUAGUUAACGAGCAGGCCAGGAGUGAUGACAGAAUCAGAAUAUCCAGCAACUCUGGUCUACCAUACGGCAACCCGUUGGCUGGAAACCAAAAUGCCAGACUCCAUUUCAACAACCAACAAGCCAUGUUCAAUGCUGAAAGGAUGAGACAGCUUGCAGCCCAAUUACAGAGACAAUCUAGAGGACCUAAGCUAAUAGACAGUUAUAUGCAAGCGUACCACGAGUCCCAGGAUAACCAUCAACUGGCCUUAGAACAGCAACAAGCUAAUAUUCAGAAAGAUAAAGUAAAAAACAGAGAAGAAUAUAUACGAGUGAAUCCACAAAGAGAAACAAAAGACAGGGAUGAGUAUGUCAGAGAGUAUACACGUAAAACUGAAAAUCCUCAAAGUACUUAUGGAUUAAAAACAAGAACAGAAUCCAGGAAGACUCAAAGAACUGAACCGAUCAGAGAAAGCGCCAGAAAGACACAAAGAAGUGAAGUUAGAGAACUAUCAAGAAGAACUCGACCCGAAAUGAUGAGGAUAACAAAAGCAGACGCCAAAGACGUGAGAUACAGAAACCAUAGAUCGUACGGUUCCGUUGAUUAUUACCAACAGUAUUUAGAACCUCAGAGGUACAAAACCGUAUAUCUAUCUCCUGGGCCAACUUACGAUCAGGGAGUGACAAUCAAGCCUAAUGGUAAUCUCGGCGUUGCUCAAGAAACUAAAACAAAAUUGCUGACAGAAGCGAUACCUAGUGAAAUAAAAUAUGUUUAUCCCAAGCAGUAUCACCAAAUGCAAGAUUAUAAAUCGAUACAGGAGAUCCAGGCAAACAGUCUGCUGAAAAAUCAGGAAAUACCAGACUAUUCUCUAUCUGACACAAAUGAAGCGCCUUUAGAUUACUACUUCUAUUUAAAAGAUCCAACACAAUUAUUACCACAGAAUUACGAUCAGUAUAGAUAUGCUCAACUAGCGAAUACUUAUCACACUACACCUUUACCUGCCACAGAUUACAAACCUAUAACAGAAGAUGUUGAUGAUAUUGAAGAUCCAAAUGCCAAAAACCCUCAAGCGUUUACACCACUACCUCCGUCGAUUCCAACUGUACCUACAAAAGAUGUAUCAGUAAAAGUUGUGCCUAGUCUAUCUACGAUACCAGUAAACUAUAAACCACAAGAACAAACACACAUCUAUACAUUCGAUGAAGGUAUUAAGCAAGAGGAGACGCCAGUAGCACAAGCCGUACAUUAUUAUCAACCGUAUUACGAAGAUAGAGAAGAGAAGAAGAAAUAUUUACACACUAACGUAGAUAGCACGGGGGUACAGCAUUUAACAGAAGACGGAAGUGUUUCAGCAUAUGGAAAUGAUGAUCUCCACUACGCAGCGAACUACGAAUUCGGCUACCGAGUCCACGACGAGGAGGCUGGGAACUACUUCGGUCAUGCCGAAGCCAAGAAAGGUGACAGCACUGAUGGUCACUACCAUGUCCUGCUGCCUGAUGGUAGGAUGCAGAGCGUCAAAUACCAUGCUGGACCAAGUGGAUUCCAUGCUGAUAUAAGCUAUGAUCAUAUACAGUGAGAC